AUGGGAACGAAAAACAUUGAUGAUAAUAAAUAUGAAGGUUUCGAAUCGAGACAUCAACAGCAGCUGUUAGCAGCCGGUGUACCGAAACAUUUUUGGCGACGCUUACAUGAAAAGCUUGUCAAUGAAAUAUUUGAUGCGGGUGACUUUUUUCAAAUUUUGGAAGAAAUUAAUGAAGAUGGCAAGCAUCAUUAUACAGUUGUGGCAUUGCAACAGUUGAGAAUGGAUGAUCCCAACUGCAUUUUUCUCAUAGAUCAUGCGUGGACUUUUCGACCACAGAUCGCACGAAGACAACUACGUGAAAUUCCUGAUCUUCUGGAUCGGAUUUGUAAUGUUUUCAAUAUUGAAGAUCAAGAAAGAAGUACAGCUGAAAGUCAUUCGGAUUACGGUGGUAGUGGUGACGAUUCACAAAUUCCUAGUGGAUUGCACUGGCGAACUGGAAGUAAUGAGGACGAAGGUAUAGUGAAAUCGAUGAGCCAUAGUGACAGUCUUAAAAAGCAUAAUGAUAAUAAAUGUGAUGGUAAUGCCGGAUCAAAUAAUUCUAAACUUGAUGCUGAAGCUGGACCAAGUAAUUUUAAAGAACGUCAUAACAGUCUUCCGGAAAGCAUAACAGGAACCCCAAUGUCAGGAAGUCUUACUACCGUCUCGGAGGAAGAACGCCGAAUAAAUGAAGUUUUACAUCAUAUGUGGCGUUACAUUCAUACCUAUACAAUGCGAUUCUUAGAAAAGGAACCGGAUGAGUGCGACAUGCCCUUGUGGUAUAUGCCUGAUGAGUUUGGUGUUCGAAUUGGCCAUAGUCAUUUGCCUAACUGUAGAAUGGUACCUAUCUUUCAUAUGCCGGAAAAUAUAGCCUACAAUUUGUUGUUUCCUAUUCAGAAUGUGGAAAUUGAAGAAGCUGUUACUCGCGACUACGUUGAUACAAUGAUUAUGAGAACUCAUCCAGAAUGGCGUCACAUCUUAAUGCAUCCAUGGAUUCCUGUAGAUUUAACAGGCGAAAGGCUUGAACAUAUCGUUGCUCCAGAUUCGCAUUUUACACGUUCUUGUGUUCCUGACAUUCUUCCACUGAAUGCUCCGGAUGUUGUUCCUGGUAUUCAUUUAUCAUCAAAGAAAGUACAUGUAUUUGGCGACGAUUUGCAGUUUUUUUCAAAUCUAAAAACAGUUGAGAUUGUAAAAGUUAAUUGCAUUGAAGAUGCUGACCUCAUUUGGAUGCGGAAGCAUUUCAGUGAUUACAAAAGUCUGUAUGAGAAAAAUCCGAAAGCUUUGGUAAACCAGUACCCUUACGACAGCGUGUUAACAGUGAAAGAUCUGUUGACAGCGGCAAUACAAUCAGUAUAUCGUGAUAGUGUGAUAGAUCCAGAACUGAUGCACUGGCAGCCUCUGUGGUUCGAAACUACUUUUAAUCUUGAGACUGAAUUGCCACAGUUUGUGGCGUAUUAUCAACAACGAGCUCGCAAGAAUAUGGAUAAUACAUGGAUAGUAAAACCAUGGAAUCUUGCACGAGGUCUAGAUAUACAUGUGACUGAUAAUUUAUCCUAUAUUAUUCGUCUUAUCGAAAGUGGACCUAAGAUCGCGUGCAAAUAUAUUCAUCGACCUGUCCUCUUUCGAAGACCUGACAACGGUAAUAUGGUGAAAUUUGAUUUACGCUAUAUCAUAUUUUUGCGUUGUUUACGCCCAUUAAAGUUAUUUUUGUGCAAAAAUUUUUGGGUACGAUUUGCAAUCAAUGACUUUUCCCUUUCCCAGUUGGAUGACCGUGACACUCAUUUCACAGUUUUCAAUUAUUCUGAAGGUGACAAUGUUUUAAAUAUGCACUGCGAAGAUUUUAUUGACCAAUGGGAGAAAUUGUAUGCUGUAAAGUGGAGCGAAAUACAAGAAAAAAUCAAUGAAGUUAUCAAAGAUGUUAUUAAAACUGUAUCUAAAGAAAAAGCUCCACGCGGAAUUGUCCCAAAUGCACAGUCUCGAGCAAUGUAUGGAAUGGAUAUAAUGUUGAAAUGGGACUCUGAUGAUUUUGCUACGCGCAAAAUUUGUGUCUCGUUUAUCGAAGGGAAUUUCAUGCCCGAUUGCGACCGUGCUUGCAUGUUUUAUGCGGAUUUUGCAGAAACAGCUUUUAAUGCGCUUUUUACGGAUAAAAACAUCCCUGAUACGUUAAUCGAGCUUAUUUAG